UUGGCUACUUCAUGCCUUUGCAAGCUCGCGGGAUAGUUGAUUUACGUUGAAGACCGUUGUUUGAAUUGAAAAGUUGUGUUGUGUUGUGUUAGUGUUACGUUAGACGAGGGCCGGAGUCCAUAAUUAUACACUGGAUUAGUGAUAAUCAUAAUGCCACGAAAGAGGAGAAUGGGAGUGAAAAGGGCACAAUCAAAGCCAAAGUUGCCAGAGGGCGAUGAAGGCCAGAAUCUAAGUGUUGAAGAGCGUACGGAGAAGCUCCAGCUGUUCCUUCAUGAUUACGAUGUCAGAUUGGAGAGGAUAAUAAAAGAGAUGGAAGCGGAGUGUGCUCGUCUAUUAAAGCACACUGAAACCCUUGGCAAACUGCAGAUAUUUAAAUUGCCAAAGCAUAUACGUGCCAUGACACGAUUAAAGUUCCUUGAGAUGGGCGGUACAGUCGAGGCAGUGCAGGCACAAUAUAUUGAUGCUGAGGUCGAGGGUCCAGAGACCAAUGCUGAGAUGACAUUAGAUAAAAUACAGGAAGAUUGUGAAGUAGAACAGAAACGACCCACUCGUACUAGCAAGAAGAAGGCAAGAUCCACUAAGAAGAACACCAAUAAGGAAAAUGAUAUUAUGCCCCCACCUACUGCUGCUACUGCGCAGAGACCCAGAAGAAAUAUAAGAAAUAAGUUCCAAACACCACUACACAACUCUCAAGCAAGCGUUAGAAACUGGAACACACCUCUUAUAACACCAAAGUUUGAUCCAAGGUUGCCUAAAACACCGGCGCUUAGGAGACCGAGGCAAGGAGAGAUGCUGGUGUCUAUGUCGGGGAGUCCCGUGGCCAGCACAAAUCCCGACACGUUUACUAAGCCAGAAGUCUACAUACCACUUCAUGGACGAGCCGAGGUUCUGCAGUUGACGUCUGACAUGGAAGUGAACACAGAGAACAUGCCUGCAAUCGACGAUGAUACUCGCAACCACAUCGUCAUGUUGCAAGACAAGAUAAAGCAGCUGCUGCAGCUGCCAAACCCAUAGCUUCAACUGCCGUCCACGUAGAUGUUGUUACUCACGACGUAUUUGAAGUUGACAAACACGUAUGAAGCUUCUAACCACAUAGGUGCUGCUUCCAGCCGUAAACCAUGUAGAUGUAUCUGUCAGCCACAUAGAUGCAGCUGUUAACCAUGUAGAUGCAGCUGUCAACUAUGUAGAUGCAGCUGUCAACCAUGUAGAUGCAGCUGUCAGCCACAUAGAUGCAGCUGUCAACCAUAUAGAUGCAGCUGUCAACCACAUAGAUGCAGCUGCUAACCACAUAGAUGCAGAUGAUGUAGAUGCAGCUGUCAACCAUGUAGAUGUAUCUGUCAGCCACAUG